GAGGGGAGGGGCUGGGCCACAGAAGGCCCUGGGGUGGUGCGAAGCAGCUGUGCUGACCUGGCUCUGUCUCUGCUCUGCAGGCUCCGUCCAGCAGGACGUGGCUGAGGUGUUUCUGCUUCUGCUCCAGCACCUGGGCCGGGAUGAAUUGCAGGAGGUGUUCCAGAGUGAGGUGGAGAAAAUCAUCCAGUGCUUGGUGUGCGGCCACGAGGAGCGCAUCCCAUCGGGAAGCAGGAUGCUGAUCCUGCCCCUGGCUUCCCACACCCAGCUCUGUGGCUUGGAGGGGGCUGGGCAGAAACCUGGCAAGCCAGCCAAUCCGGUGAGUGGAGUUUCCCAGGACACCGAGAUGCUGAGUUUCUCUCUAAUCCAGAAGUUUGAUGAUGAAGACAAUCGGUUCUUCUGUGAGCCCUGUCAUGCCAAGACUCCCGCCUCGGAGGAGACACGCUUCCUGCGGCUCCCGAAGGUCCUGAUUCUGCAAGUCAGGGAGCUGACGUUUGAAAAUGGGAGGUUUCACAAAAUUCAGAAGCCUAUCAACAUUGCCCAGGUGCUGAAACUGCACACCAGCCCCAGAGAACUGACAUUGCCUAAGUGUAAAGCUUCCCACAGUGGCACAAUCACCCCCAACCCGGAGCAGAGAGUCUACCACCUCUACGCCGUGUGCUGCCACUCGGGAGACUGCAGUGGGGGCCACUACACAGCUCUGGCCCAGCCCCCCGGCCAGGCGGAGUGGUUCCGCUUCAAUGACCAGCAGGUGCACUGUGUGGGGCCGGAAUUCCCUCUGCACCACACGUUCAGGUCUGAGACCCCGUACCUACUGCUGUAUCGCUGUCAGGAAACUGGAGACAGGUGUGUCCCUGUCUGGUCUCGUGGGUGGCAGGAGCCAGAGGCACCUGGGCCUGACAAUGGGGAUAUGAGAACCAUGACAGAUGUAGCUGUUCCAAAGGAGAAGGUGCCUUGUCCAGGAGUGGAGGGAGAGACUCUCAAGACAGACUCUGCCACAGUCUGCUGGGGAGGACACAGCCAGAGCCUCUCUCUUCUCCAGGACGACGAGCCCAUCUGCCACAGACAGAGUCCUGCCAAGAAGUGCAGGAGGGACGUGGAGCCUGGCCUUGGGAACAAGGGCAGAGCCUCAGAGCAUGUGGAUGAGGAGGGCCCUAAAGCGCCUCCACCAGGGGAGCAGGGGGAGGCCCGAGGCCUGCCCUGUGGCCCCCAGUGUAGCCCCGAAGAGGAACUCCCUGCCAUGGGAAUGAGGAGCUCGGCAGCUGAAGACCAAGCCCUGUCCCACCCUGCGCAGGGCCUAGCACAGCCCGGAAAGACACGCCUCAGGAGCAAAGAUGGAGGAGCAGGGGCUGCCAGAGAAGGAGUCCGGCUCCUCGGAGACAGAGAAGCGGAAGCCAUGGCCACCAGAGAAAGAGGAGUGGAGAUUGCCAAAGAAGGGGGCCAGCUCCUCAGAGACGGGGGAUUGGAGGCUGUGGCCUCCAGAGAAGGAGGAGGGGAGGCCGUGGCCACCAGAGAAGGAGGAGCAGAGGCCGUGGCCACCAGAGAAGGAAGAGGGGAGGCUGUGGCCACCAGAGAAGGAGGAGCAGAGGCCAUCGCCACCAGAGAAGGCUGCCCCUCAGAGAUGGAGGAAGGGAGGUGCCAGGCUUCAAGCAUCCUGCCUUGGUGAAGCAGCUGCCAUCUACGUCUCCAGCCCGAGCCUGACCUCGCUUCCUGGCCCCCACCACUGGCUCACCCCCAGCCCUAGCCACUUCCCCAGGUCUCUCCCCAGCACCCACUACCCUGCCAGCCUGGACGUUGC